AUGUUUUUAGAUCAAACGAUCUCAUCGACGGGGAUACUAGAACAACAAUCAACUAGCAACAUGCUAUGUGACCAAUAUCAUCAGUAUGAUACCGGUGUAUUUGAUUCAAUUAUUACGACGUUGAUCAAUACAUUCAAUCUGAACAUAUUUAAGGAUCCAAAUAACAUUAAUACAUUACAUAUUCAUAAGGAUAAUAUAGAUAUAGAUCCGAUAGAAAAUGUUAUAGUGGUCCUUUUAAUACUAUUCAUUAUAAGCCUGAUCAUUCUAAUCAUUAUAGGUGUUCUCAUAAUAGUCUUGGUUAAUGUGUUCUUCCCACCACCACCUUCUUCUUCUGCGUUAGCAAAUGAUGACGAAGAAAAACAAUUACAAGUAACAAAUGAAAAAGAAAUUACAAGCUAA